CGAUACGUGUUGCCGCGAGAUUUCAUCUUGGAGCUGGAUGCUGAGGAGCAGCUAGCUUAAACUACAGUUUGCUAACGCGUUUAUCUUCAGACUUUACACCGCCUGUGUUCCACCUCAGAGCGGCUCGGCACGGUUUGGUUCACCUCGGAGAGGAAGCAGGCUUCUCGGCUCGUUUACCCACCCUCCAGCUGUCGGGUAUUUAUUUUCUGAGAAGUUGUCCCGGGUUAAAUUAGCCAGCUUUGUGGCACGAAAUAGGUCACACAGCUCUGAGCCGAAUCUGGUUUUCUUUUCUCUCCCGCCGCCUCGUCCAGCGGGUCCGCAGACGGUAACGAUGGUUUUACUGAAAAACCUCCAUCCACCCACCGAGGGAGUGCGGCACGAGCAAGCCGAGACCACGGCGGUGAUGGACGGCCAGAGGCUGGGCUGCGGCACGCUGUACGUCGCUGAAACCCGCCUGUCGUGGUUUGAUGGUUCAGGGAUGGGUUUCUGUCUGGAGUAUCCAACCAUCGGCCUUCACGCCAUCUCCAGAGAUGUCAGUGCUUACCCACAGGAACACCUCUACGUCAUGGUCAACGGCAAACUGAGCGAUGAGAAUGAGGCAGAGAUGGCAGAGAAACCAGCUGAUGAGGAGGACGACGGCGGCAGCAGUGGUGGAGAUGAUGAUGACGAUGAUGAUGAUGAAGAGGGGAGGAUCACAGAGAUUCGAUUUGUGCCCAGCGACAAAGCAGCAUUGGAGUCCAUGUUCUCUGCCAUGUGUGAGUGCCAGGCUCUGCACCCCGACCCGGAGGACGACGACUCUGACAACGACUUUGAAGGAGAGGAGUACGACGUGGAGGAGGCCGAGCACGGUCACGCCGACAUCCCGACCUUCUACACCUGUGACGAGGGUUUGUCGUCGCUCACGCAGGAGGGCCAGGCCACGCUGGAGAGGCUGGAGGGGAUGUUGGCUCAGAGCGUCGCUCAGCAGUACCACAUGGCCGGCGUCCGAACCGAAGAGAGCAAGCCUGAAUUUGAAGAUGGUAUGGAGGUGGACGCAGCGGCGAUGGAGGCUGGACAGUUUGAGGACGCAGAUGUCGAUCACUGAUGGACGUCAUCUCAGCAGCCAAUCAAAGCAGCGGAGUUGCAUUGUGGGAUUGGGGAGGAACACCGUGGUGAUUGUUAAAGUCCGUCAGCUCUUACCUGUCCUCUCUUCCUGUUCUCGCUGUAAAAACAAACCCUUUCCCAAGCACUUAAACUCAUCUCAGUAGUCUUCUCCCCUCCCUUCAUCCUCUGUCUGUUGUGUUGCAGUGGAGCUCACAUGUUGUGUUGUGUUGUUAGUUUUCUACUGAUUUGUCCCGGUUGUGUUGCUGAUGUGUGCUCUGUGACACAGUGGAGUCAGCCACAGUAGACUAUUGAGAUGCAGCCCUGAAUGACCAGGUCCUUGUGUCGACUGUAAAAACUAAACACUGCUUCUGUUUCUGUUUUUGUACCGAAAGACAAAUUUAAAUCAGAUUCUCUGCAGAGGAGAGUUGAUGUCUUUGUAUUAAAUUGUCAAUAAAUGCAUAGUUUUUCUAUCA